GCGCGAUCUCUCUGUUUCUCUCCAAAGCUGCCGAUUUGAUCAUAGAGAAAUAUCAGAAUCGAACCUCUCUUCUAAAAGAUGGCGGCUUCAGAAGAGAAUAGCGCAUUGUUUCCCAUUUUUAUCUUGACGAUUAUGGCAAUUCCUUUGGUGCCUUAUACCAUGGUCAAGUUAACCGGUGCUCUCUCCAAGAAGCAACGGACCAUUCACUGUCAGUGUCUCGAGUGUGACCGUUCUGGCAAAUAUAAGAGAUCCUUGUUUAAAAAGAUCUCUAACUUCUCUACAUGGAGCAACUUGACGCUUGUGCUACUCUGGGUCGUGAUGAUUUUCUUGAUUUAUUACACUAAGAACAUGAGCCGUGAGGCUCAAGUUUUUGACCCAUUCAGUAUACUUGGACUGGAACCUGGAGUUACAGAUUCAGAAAUUAAGAAAGCAUAUAGAAGGCUGUCCAUUCAAUACCAUCCUGAUAAAAAUCCAGAUCCAGAGGCCAAUAAAUAUUUCGUGGAGUUCAUUUCUAAAGCCUACCAGGCUUUGACUGAUCCAGUAUCCCGUGAAAACUUUGAGAAGUAUGGUCAUCCAGAUGGCAGACAGGGAUUUCAAAUGGGCAUUGCUCUUCCUCAAUUUCUUUUAGACAUUGAUGGAGCAUCUGGUGGCAUAUUAUUGCUUUGGAUAGUUGGUGUCUGUAUUCUCUUGCCCCUUGUGAUUGCUGUUAUAUAUCUCUCGAGGUCAUCAAAGUAUACCGGCAACUACGUUAUGCAUCAAACACUCUCCGCAUAUUAUUAUCUCAUGAAACCCUCUUUGGCCCCAAGCAAAGUUAUGGAAGUUUUCACCAAGGCAGCUGAGUACAUGGAGAUUCCAGUUCGUAGAACUGAUGAUGAACCUCUGCAGAAGCUCUUUAUGUCUGUUAGGAGUGAGCUAAAUUUGGACCUGAAGAACAUGAAGCAAGAGCAAGCUAAGUUUUGGAAACAGCAUCCUGCCAUAGUGAAGACGGAGCUGUUGAUACAGGCCCAGUUAACUCGUGAAUCAGGAGUCCUGUCUCCCGCCCUUCAGGGUGAUUUCAGGCGUGUGCUAGAGCUUGCACCUCGACUCCUUGAGGAGUUAUUGAAGAUGGCGGUUAUACCGCGCACUGCCCAAGGGCAUGGAUGGCUGAGACCUGCAGUUGGAGUAGUUGAGCUAUCUCAGUGCAUUGUUCAGGCUGUUCCUCUUAGUGCAAGGAAGUCUUCUGGAGUAUCUUCAGAAGGCAUUUCCCCUUUCUUACAGCUCCCUCAUUUCAGUGAUGCCGUUGUCAAAAAGAUAGCACGGAAGAAGGUUAAAUCAUUCCAAGAUCUUCAAGAAAUGAGGUUGGAAGACCGUUCUGAACUGCUCACCCAGGUAGCGGGUUUGUCAGCAACUGAUGUUGAGGACAUUGAGAAGGUGCUAGAAAUGAUGCCGUCUCUUACAGUCGACAUCACAUGUGAAACAGAAGGGGAAGAGGGGAUCCAAGAGGGUGACAUCGUGACCCUUCAAGCUUGGGUCACUCUGAAACGACCCAAUGGGCUCAUAGGCGCCCUUCCUCAUGCACCCUACUUCCCUUUCCACAAGGAGGAAAACUACUGGAUUCUUCUUGCUGAUUCGGUGUCGAACAACGUGUGGUUCUCUCAGAAGGUAAGCUUCAUGGAUGAAGGUGGAGCGAUAACGGCUGCAUCGAAAGCCAUCAGUGAGUCAAUGGAAGGUUCAGGAGCAGGGGUGAAGGAAACAAACGAUGCAGUGAGAGAAGCGAUUGAGAAGGUUAAAGGCGGGUCAAGGCUGGUAAUGGGUAAACUCCAAGCACCGGCAGAGGGAACAUACAACUUGACUUGCUUGUGCCUGUGCGACACAUGGAUCGGGUGUGAUAAAAAGCAAGCACUGAAAGUGAAAGUCCUGAAAAGAACCCGGGCAGGGACACGUGGUAUGGUUUCAGAUGAGGGUGCGAUUGCAGAAGAAGGUAUGGAGGAGGAAGAUGAGAUUGAGGAGGAGGAUUACGAUGAUGAUUACGAAAGUGAGUACAGUGAAGAUGAGGAUGAGAAGAAAGAUAUGGAUGAGAAGAGAGGGUCGAAGAAGGCAAAUGGGAGUGUGAAACAGAAGAAAGAGUCGAGUUCUGAAGAGUCGGGAUCGGAAGAAGAAGGUUUUGCGGCGGAAUCCGACCCGAAAAUAAUGCCAAAUUACAGCAUCAGAGGAAUCAAUGUUGAUUUCCCAUUCGAGGCGUACCAGUCUCAGAUCAUUUACAUGGACAGAGUCAUCGAGUCUCUUCAAAACAAAUGUCAUGCGCUUUUGGAGAGUCCUACUGGAACUGGGAAAACUCUUUGUCUUCUCUGUGCCACCUUAGCCUGGCGAAAGAGUCUGGGCUCUUUCUCAACCCGUAAGGAUCGCAAGAACAGUUCCAUUCCUUGGUCAGAUUCUGACGACCUAAUGUCCCAAUCCGGAGGAGCUUUUCCUACCAUUAUUUAUGCGUCCCGGACUCAUAGUCAGCUCCGCCAAGUGAUCAAAGAAUUAAAAAGAAGUAGCUACAGGCCUAAGAUGGUGGUGCUAGGAUCGCGGGAGCAAUUAUGCGUUAAUGAGGAAGUCAACUCACUCCGUGGCAAAGCACUCACAAAUGCUUGUCAGUACCUUUGCAAAAAGCGCGGUAAACGCCAAUGCAACCAUUUCAAUCGCAUUCCAGAUUAUUUGAAGCAUAACACUCAUAUUGGCGACGAACCAGUUGACAUUGAGGAUUUGGUCAAUAUUGGAAAAGAUUCCGGACCAUGCCCGUAUUAUAUCACAAGAGAGCUUCACAAGGACGUGGACAUCAUAUUUGCACCUUACAACUACUUGAUCAGCAAUGGCUAUAGAAAGUUUUUGAAAGUCAACUGGAAUAAUAGUGUCCUUAUUUUUGAUGAAGCGCACAAUCUGGAAAGUUUAUGCGCAGACUCAGCUUCAUUUGACCUUCCUUCGGUUCUUCUAUCGGCUUGCAUUUCUGAAGCACAAGAAUGUGUACAACUUGCGGCAGCAAGAAGGAAUUCAUUAAAUGACGUUUCCAUAAACCCUGAGAAUUUUGCUAUACUUAAAGGACUGCUUCUUAAGCUGCAGGAACUGAUUUCUAAAGUGCCAAUUCCGAAAAGGGACGAGGGAUUUACCAAGCCUGGCCCUUACAUAUAUGAAAUGCUUAAAAGCCUUAACAUCACUCACGAAACUGCUCCUAAACUUAUUGGUACAGUUGAGGAGGCUGCAGUGUUCCUGGAGGAGGAGAAACAACGAACAGCGACCAACACUGGAAGCAAACUAGAAAUCAUUGCUGACAUGCUUAAGCUGAUCUUUAGAGAAAAUGGAAGUAACCAUGCAGAUGUUUAUCGUGUUCAUGUACAAGAGCUGGAGCAAAAUUCUACUGAUGUGAUGAAAGGCAAGGUAUCAAGAACGCUUAGCUGGUGGUGUUUCAGUCCUGGGAUUACCAUGCUGGACAUAGCAAAAAAAGGUGUUGGGUCUAUCAUUUUAACAUCGGGGACUUUGUCUCCCAUGGAUUCAUUGGCUCAAGAACUAAAACUAGACUUUCCCGUUCGGUUGGAGAAUCCCCAUGUUAUAUCCUCAAAUCAGCUAUGGGCUGGAGUUGUAAGUACUGGUCCAUCAGGGUACGUUCUUAAUUCUAGCUACCGCAAUCGUGAUGUACCAGAGUACAAACAAGAACUUGGGAAUGCCAUAGUCAACUUUUCUCGAGUCGUGCCUGAAGGACUGCUGAUAUUUUUCCCUUCCUAUUACCUUAUGGACUCUUGCAUUUCAUUUUGGAAAAAUGGGUGUCACAGAAACUCAAUGACAGUAUGGGAAAGAAUUUGCAAGCUCAAGAAACCUGUCAUUGAACCUAAGGAUUCGUCCCUCUUUCCUGCAGCAAUGCAGGACUUUUCAGAAAAAUUGCAAGACAGAUCGACUUCGGGUGUGGUAUUUUUUGCCGUUUGUCGCGGUAAGGUCAGUGAAGGACUGGAUUUUGCUGACGGUGCUGGCAGAGCUGUCGUCAUUACUGGGUUACCUUAUGCCAGGGUGACAGAUCCUAGGGUAAUAUUGAAACGAGAGUUUCUGGAUGAACAAUCACAACUUGCAGAUGUCAAGCUUCCAAGAUCAACCCUUCUAUCUGGAAGCAUGUGGUACAGUCAAGAAGCCGCACGGGCUGUGAAUCAAGCAAUUGGACGUGUAAUCCGCCAUCGCCAUGAUUAUGGAGCUAUCAUCUUUUGUGAUGACAGAUUUGAACAACCGUCCCAGCAAUCCAAGAUAUCACUUUGGAUACGACCUAACGUCAAGUGCUACUCUAGAUAUGGAGAGGUUAUUUCUGACCUUGCUCGAUUUUUCCGGACUGAAAGAUCAAAUUUUCCUGCAAGGCUUGUAACAGAUCAAGAGAACACUAUAGAUUCAACAUUGAUACCAAUGGAAUCAACCAAGGAUAAUCCUACACCAGCCUUUGGUAAUAGUAAUUUGAAAAACGUUGGGGUUGCGCAGAAUGAGUUGAGUAGACUGGAAGCAUUUCCUCCUGCAAAUCGGGCUUCACCCUUGGAGCGUGACGGAAAUAAUGUUAAAUGGAAAGGCCUGACCAUUCUUAAACAUACGGGCAAGAUACCUCGCAUUGUAAAGGGAGAUGUUAUGCAGGGUUGUUCUUCACGGAAGGCUAAGUUAGUGGAACUAAGUGAUGAUGAGGAGACUCCGGUAGAGAGGAGAUGUGAAGUAGUGGAUCUAGAAUGCGACAACUGUGAGAAGCAGACCUGUGAAACAGAAGUGCUUGCAUCAAGCACAUGUUUCAACACAAUGGGACUAAAAAAAAAGCGAAAGGUUCAAGAGAGUCAGGGAAGUGCAUCGUCGUCAGUGUUGACAGCGAAAGGAAAUGGAGGUGGUAGUAAAAAGGAAGCAAGUGCAUCUGCAUUUUUGAGUCAAGUCAAAGAGAAGCUCAACACAGAAGAUUAUAAGAAGUUCAUUGGAUACAUGCAAGCAUUGAAGAAGAAGGAGAUUAAGUUAGCAAACGUGAUGGAGUCGAUUGUGCAACUGUUCUGUGGAAGAGAGAGGGAUCAUCUUCUCAUGGGAUUCAAGGACUUUGUGCCAGUAAAGUAUCGUCCUGCCUAUGAGGAAUGCAUUAAAACGAGAAAAAGAGAAGGCUGAUCGAUCAUCUUCUCAAACUCAAAUUGACAUUGUUACUCUCUUUACAUUCUUUUUGUAAGUAAACUCUAACAGCCUUA